AACUCCUCUAAAAUCUCUAUCUCAUCGUUCUGUAAUUGAUCUCCCCAGCAACUAUCGAUCUCCCUAAUGGACUUGAAGUGGCUCAAUCUCGACCUCAAUAUCAGCUCCCUCCACGACCCUCCGGCGAAGCCCGGCCCCGCUGAUAUCGAACGCCCCGACUUGAAGCAAGUGAAGGAGCUGGAGGCGGAGCUGGGCCGCGUCUCCGACGAGAACAAGCGCCUGAAGGAGAUGCUCGCCUCCAUGGCUGCCAACUACAGCGCGCUGCAGGGCCAGAUGGCGGAGCUCACCUCCAAGGCCUCCGACGAUGAUGGCGGCGGCGACGCUUCCUCCUCCGAAGCCAAGAGGAAGCGACUCGCCGUCACCGACAGCAGCACCUCCAGCGAGGAGGAAGACUCCAGCUGUAAGCGCGUGAAGGAGGACCCCUGCAAGCCCCUACUCUCCAAGUUCUACGUCCGCACUGACCCUUCCGAUUCCAGUCUGGUGGUCAAAGAUGGGUAUCAAUGGAGGAAGUAUGGACAGAAAGUGACAAGAGAUAACCCUUGCCCCAGAGCUUACUUCAGAUGCUCCUUCGCUCCAUCCUGCCCUGUCAAGAAGAAGGUGCAGAGGAGCGCAGAGGAGACGUCCUUGUUAGUCGCCACCUACGAGGGCGAGCACAACCACAGCAAACCUUCUCAACCCCAAUCCGGCCGCGGUGCGAGCAGCUUGGCCCACGAGCGAACUCCUCAUCUUCCUCCUCCCGCGGCGGCGGCGCCGCCUGUGACCAGCAAGGUGAUGCUGGAGUUUAGCCAGUCGAGGAGGAUGCAGAAGUCGGAGUCGCCGCCGGCAGCAGAGCUCCCACGGAGCCUGGUGGAUCAAAUGGCGGCGUCGCUGACGAACGACCCAGCCUUCAAGGCCGCCGUGGCUGCGGCAGUCUCCGGCCGGAUGUUCCAGCCACCCCCCAUGUAACAGUUAGCAAAUGCUUCCUAUUCUGUUUUAAUUAUUUCUCUUUUUUUUUUAAAAAAAAAAAAAAAGAAAAGAAAACGAGAGGGUUUUGUGGGGGUUUCUCUUCAUGAAAGAUGAUCAUGAAGAGAGCAAGAAUGUGAAUAGAAAUCUUGGGGCAGUUAAGAACCUAGAUUUAGAUUUGUCAAAACACAGAAAUAAACAGCUCUGUUAGAUGCAA